AUGGGUGUGAAGGCAGUGAAGUCUCAUAUGGAUUCAAAUAGCCACCAGACAAAGAUGCGCGGACGAAACUCGCAGCUAACGCUGUCACUGUUUUGCGCCGGGACUAGUGCUACACCGACCUCCACUGCCCCCUCAACCUCCAGCACCGUGACCACAUCUACCGCCGCCGGUACCUCAACCUCACCUGCUCCCAUCAACAGCAUUCCGAAUCAACUGCUCUCCACCACCGCCACACUGCAGGCCGAGGUACUGUGGUGUUUAGAUUUGGCUUCGAAACACCACUCCUUCAACUCCAAUGACGGCAUUGCAGAGCUAUUUGUCAAGAUGUUCCCCGACUCCCAAAUUGCCAAAUCCUUCGCUUUGGCCAAGGACAAGACCGGCUAUAUGAUAAAAUUUGGGAUCGCCCCAUAUUUCAAGAGGCAACUAGUCGAGGCCAUAAAUCGUGCCGGCCCUUACGUGCUGAUGUUUGACGAGAGUUUAAACCAAUCGUCCAAAAAAAAACAACUGGACAUUCACAUUCGGUUUUUGGAGGAUGGGUGCGUUCAGUCGCGAUAUUUUGGCUCACAAUUCCUGGGACAUGGAAGAGCUGAUGAUCUGUUGCUGCACAUCAAAGAAUGCAUUGGCCAACUCAACAUGAGGCAGCUCCUCUCAGUUGGGAUGGAUGGGCCCAAUGUAAAUUUUAAACUCCUUGAUCUCCUUCAAAGGGAGUACGCUGAGCUCAAUGGAGGUGCCCAAGUUCUGGUGGUUGGGAGCUGUGGACUCCACACUCUCCACAAUGCCAUGAAGGCCGGAUUUACAGUGUGGCAAAUCGAGAAGUUCCUGCGUGCACUCCAUUUCCUCUUUCAUAACGUGCCUGCCCGGAGAGAGGACUACACCAACACCACUGGAUCUACCUGCUUUCCCCUCUCUUUCUGUGGCCACAGAUGGGUCGAAAAUGUGCCAGUCGCUGAGAGAGCCCUCGAAGUUUGGCCGAUGGUUCACGCAUAUGUCACAAGAGAGGAUCCACUGCUAGUACCAAAGCUGCAGUUCUUCCUCUCCAUUGCAAGAGGUUUCAACCCUUUUCUUCACAAGUAUCAGACAGAUGAGCCCGUGUUGCCUUUUUUGGCUAAAGAUUUAACUGAGCUUCUGUUGAGUUUACUUCGGCGAUUCAUCAAAAGGGAGCUCCUACAGGACCAAACCCCCUUGCAACUCAUUAAGUUGGACAUCUCUGAUGAGAAGAACUGGGUCUCCCUCAGAAGGGUGGACAUAGGCUUGGGAGCGGAAUCAGCCAUCAAGGCACUCCAGGGCAAACCAGGAACCAAGAUAGGGGAACUCUCUGUGCUCAGCCUGAGAAAAGAGUGUUUGCAGUGUCUGGUUCGGAUCAUAAAGAAGCUGCAGGAAAGGUCCCCGUUGAAAUUCCCCAUUGUUAGGCAGAUUGCCUCCCUGGAUCCCACAAAGAUGGCCAAAGAUCCUGAGUGGUGCAUCGUACAGAUGAAGGCAUUAGUGCAGACAUUCAUCCAAGGGCAGCAGUUGGCAGGUGGCAUUGCAGUUGGUGAUGUCAUCAUUCAGCAAUUCACCUCUUUUGUCUCAGAUAGCGUCAGAGAUGAGGAAUUCGUGUCCUUCCAGCCCCUCAGCCAGCGCCUGGAUGUCUUCCUCCAUUCGAAACUCCGCACAUCCCACCCUGACCUGCUGAGGUUUUGCCAGAGUGCCCUCCUCCUGUCCCAUGGGCAGGCAUCCGUUGAAAGAGGGUUCUCUGUGAACAAGGAGGUGGAAACAUGCAAUCUCUACGAAGAGUCACUGGAAGCCCUGAGGUUGAUAUGUGACCAAGUGAAUGCCUGUGGUGGUGUCCUCAAAGUUCCUCUGACCAAGGAGCUCCUGGCCUCUGCUGCAUCCUCAAGGUCACAGUACAGGCUUCACCUUGAGAGUGAACGGAAAAAAAAGGAGAGUGCCACUCAGGAGCUUAAGCGGAAAUCAGCAGAGAAAGAGCUGGAGGACCUCCGGAGUCAGCGGCAGGUGCUCCAGAGUGUGUGCCAGUCCCUAGAAAGGGACGCUGAUAUGUAUGCAGAGAUGGCAGAGGGUAAAUCUGGAACCAAGAUGGCUGAGCUUGUCACAAAAUCCAAUUCCCUUCGCCGAAGCCACAAAGGGAAAAAAAUAGAGCUUCAGACGUUGGAUAAAACUAUCGAGGAGAAGGCCACAAAGCUGAGGCACUUGUGACUGUGCAUUGCUGUUGAAAUGUUAAUGCUUGCUCGUUGUUCCUGUUCUGUGUAGGUUUAUUCGCCUUGCCUUGUGUUUGUUCCGGCAUGUUCCACUGGCUGACUAAGGAUGGUUGCAGUUUAAUCUCUCUAUGUUCUCUCUCUCUCUAUCUCGCUCUCUCUCACACUCUCUCUCUCUCUCUCUAUGUUCUCUCUCUCUCUCUCUC